AGUGAGUUGACGGCAUUUAUUUUUGUUGUGUUGGAAAUAUGGGCCUAGUUGGCUACACUUUCCCUAUUCUUAUCUGUGCCCUUUGGGUGCAUCUUGAAGCGACUCCCUGCCAAGAGCAGCUCGAUCGUCGUGUUUUGAUGUUUUACCAACUGUUUGAGUUGCCUCGAGAAGAACUCUCACCGGUGCUACCGUUGUCCCUUUACUAUUUAUUCGUUACUUCCCGCAGCACCAAUUUUUAUACCCGUCUCGUCGCAUCUUUUGCGGCACGAAUACAAGAGGGCUAACAUGAGAACCAUGUUCAGGUCUUUCCUACCAAGAUCACGUUCCGAGAG